AUGGCGGCGGCGGCGGCGGCUUCGGUCCGGAGCCGGUUUCGAGGCUGCUUGGUCGGCGCGCUGCUGGGCGACUGUCUGGGCGGCGGCUUCGAGGCCCUCGACUCGGUCAGCAUGACGGAGCUGCUGCGCUUCGUGCGCGCUCUCCAGCCACCGCAGGCGGCCCACGAAGAUAAGGCGGCGGCGGCGGAGGGCGAACGCUGCGAGCCCGGCCGCACCACGAAAAUCCUCUACUACAGCGAUGACACAGCGAUGACCCACUGUCUGGUGAGAUCACUCUUGGCCAAGCAGGACUUCGAUGAAGUGGAUAUGGCAAAGCGGUUCGCUGAGGAAUACAAGAAGGACCCGGACCGGACCUACGGAGCUGGCGUGGUGACUGUAUUCAAGAAGCUUCUGAGCCCCAAAUGCAGAGAUGUGUUUGAGCCAGCGAGGCAGCAGUUUAAUGGGAAAGGCUCCUAUGGGAAUGGUGGUGCCAUGAGAGUGGCAGGCAUUUCGCUAGCUUACUCUAACAUUCAAGAUGUAAAAAAGUUCGCUAAACUGAGUGCUGAGCUUACCCACUCCAACUCCUUGGGCUAUAAUGGAGCUAUACUGCAGGCCUUGGCAGUUCACUACGCUCUCCAAGGAGAGAUGAAUCGGGACAAGUUCCUGGAGCAGCUGAUCAGCCACAUGGAGGUUGUGGAAGCUGAUGACAAGUCUGUUGCCGAAGCACGAAUGCUGGGCUAUGAGGAAUUACCCUUUUCGAAACGUCUGAAGAAGAUCAAAGAAUUUCUGGAACAAAGCACUGUACCCAAAUCAGAUGUGCUGUUAGAGUUAGGCAAUGGCAUUGCAGCUUUGCACUCUGUCCCCACGGCCAUCUAUUCUUUCCUGCGCUGCAUGGAACCGCAUCCAGAUAUCCCUGAGGACUACAACAGCCUACAACGGACCAUUAUCUACUGCAUCUCACUAGGUGGGGACACGGACACAAUUGCAACCAUGGCUGGAGCCAUUGCUGGAGCUUAUUAUGGGGAAGAGCAGGUGCCCCAAAGUUGGAAGCAUAGCUGUGAAUCUUUUGAGGAGACAGAGAAGCUGGCUGAGAGCUUGUAUGAACUCCACUGCCAGCAGGUCUGAGCCACAGAAGAGGAAAUCUGUGUUCUUCCAGUCAUCUGCAGUAGGAGACAUGUUCCCUCAAGGAAGGACUGAGUGGCUGAUAAAGAUUCCUGCAAUAACCAAUUACUUGAAAGUGCUAAUUGCUUUCUGCUGCAUACAUAGUCUCUCUCUCCCUCUUUGCUUUUAGUUUCUGAUUUUGAGACUUUUAUUAAUCCUCACUUGGAAUCAAACUCCUUAGCUCAUUGUGCACAAGUGUCUUUGCAUCCUAGGGUAAUUGGCCUAAAGUAACCAAAUUAGAGUUUGGACAUGUUGAAUGAAAAGCCUAACCCUAAAACUCUGUAGCACACGCAGGGAGCACUAGAUCGGUCCUGAAGUGGGCAGGUUUGGGAAGCAGGCUUAGGUUUUUGCAUUCUGUUUGCUUGACAACCUUCUGCAUCUUUUCUUUCACUUCACAAGUGGUGAUCAAAGAUCAGGGAUGCUCUUAAGAUUGGGAGUGAAAAUACGCUUACACGUGCUUGAUUUUGGCAGGCGGUAACUUGAAAUGCAAAUAAAUCUCUUUGUAAAAUAA